GAAUUUCCGAUUUUGUGUCAGACGUGUUUGGGAAACAAUCCGUAUUUGCGAAUGAUGAAAGAAAAAUUCGGACACGAAUGCAAAAUAUGUGGUCGACCCUUUACGACUUUCCGAUGGUGUCCUGGAAAGAAGAUGAGGUACAAAAAGACGGAAGUAUGUCAGACAUGUUCCAAAGUUAAAAACGUUUGUCAGACUUGUCUUUUGGAUCUUCAAUAUGGUACGUUAUUAAUUGCAACUGGUGAUGGAGCGUCUGUGGCCGGACCUUUGGCCCGCGUUACUGAUCAAGGUCCAAAUGAACUGCUUGCCAAGCUAGCCAGGACUCAACCAUAUUAUGACCGAAACAAGCCACAUAUCUGUUCUUUUUGGGUUAAGGGCGAAUGCAAGCGUGGAGAGGAAUGUCCUUACAGGUGG